GUGUUGUUGUGUGUUUCCGUGUGUGUGUGUGUGUGUGUGUGUGCUGUAAACCCAGCAGCAGUAACUACGGAACUACUUUAUCACUUUCUCCCUCCAGAGUUGAGUCAUUUCUUGGUGUAGAACCGGACCGGGACCAGCGCGCACGCAGCGGGCUGAUGGAGUGCCGACACGCCGCCGUCUCCAGCCUGAGCUGGGCUCUCAUCGUCCUGGCUCCGCUCUAUCUGUUGCGCCAGAUCCGCUUCUGCGCGCAGUACGGCCGGUACACGCCGAGGGGCUGGCGCUGCUGUCCGGCCAGGCUGGGCUGGUUCCUGCAGGAGGUUCCAGCCCUGCUGGUACCGCUGCUGCUACUGCUGGGAUCCGUACAGACGGGGUCCGGGACCGGGAGGACGCUGCUGGUCUGCACCUUCAUGCUGCACUACUUCUACAGGAGUUUGAUCUACUCCUGCCGGACGAGAGGACGACCGGUUCCUCUGCGCAUCGUCCUCUUCGCCGCCAUCUUCUGCUCCAUCAGCGGCUUCCUGCAGGGACAUCAUCUGCUGCAUUGCGCCCACUUUGAGGACACCUGGUGGACAAAGACUCGUCUGACAACAGGUUUUCUGGUCUUCCUGGUCGGUCUGACCAUCAACAUCCACAGUGACAACAUCUUGCGUAACCUGAGAAACCCUGGAGAACUGGUCUACAGGAUUCCCCGUGGAGGAAUGUUUGAGUUGGUAUCCGGUGCCAACUUCCUAGGGGAGAUUGUGGAGUGGUGCGGUUACGCCAUCGCUGCGUGGUCUUUACCGACUUCUGCUCUGGCUUUCUUCACCGUCUGCUCCAUCGGUCCCAGAGCCUACCAGCACCACAGAGACUACCAGCUGAGGUUUGAGGAUUAUCCUCGCUCAAGGAAAGCCGUCAUUCCCUUCCUUCUAUGACCGGAUCGUCUCUGUUGUUCCUACAGAGGUCGAUACUAAAGCAGAAACCUGAUCUGAUGGUUGGUCUCAGUCCUCGUGUUUGUAAUAGAGACAAUAAACAGAAGUUCUUCUA